UCUUUAGGAAAGAAAACCAAUCGAUAAAUAUUAUUUAUAUUCAACGGUUCGCAGCACUGAAACAGAGCGGGCUUUUCGUUUAGCGUUUGAAAAGUGAAACCGGAUAAAAUCCAGUAGUCGCUGUCUGAAUUGUAUAUUUUGUUGUAUUCGGAGCAGUUGUGUGGGGCUCACUUGAAACAGUGCUUUCACAAAAACAGAGGCGUGCUCCGAAAUUUCGAAAUUCUAGAAAUAAGAACAUUUUCUUCACAAAUUUCCGUGUGGCCGCGAUAAAAUAUUUUCAAACCGUGCAAAAAAAAAAAAAAAAGAAGACAAAAUAACCAAAACUACCGUAAAUAUUGCUUUAUAUUCAUAUAGGUGUACAAAGAAAUUUUGGAAGAUGAUUUACGAAUUGCUUAUAAUGACUGUUGGCUGGCUCUAUCCAGCAUUCGCUACAUAUAAUUGCCUCAAUGGGAAUCUUCGGUCUCAAGUACCGUGGAUGAAAUAUUGGAUCGUGUUUGGUUUAUUCAACGCGUUCCACUAUUUCACCGCCUAUCUGGAGCCGUGGGUGCCCUGCCUGAGCGGCUUCAAGCUGUUCGUACUCUGCUGGCUGUUGCCCAACGUCGGCAGCGGCUGCCAACUGAUUUACGACGAGGUCGUCGAUCCGCUGCUGAAGAGAAACAAGCAGGCGAUCACCCUGACUGUGGACGGCAUCUCCACCGUGAGCAGCUCAAUGAUGCGUGAGCUGGUCAAGAUGAUAUACCACCUGAUGGUGGACGUGGUCGAGCAGUGCUGGCUAAUGACCCGGAAUGCCAACGACAUCAAUGUGACGCCACGUCUGCAGACGGCCAUCAAUGAGGUGAUUGGCGAGUUGCGUGCGGCCCGACAGGCAGCCAUAUUUAUGCCUGGAUCGCUACCGCAGGCCGUGCAUCUGCCACUGGAGGGGGGGACCCUGUCAAUAGCUGGCGGUCCAAGCGCCUUUCGUGCAGCUGCUGCUUCCGAGGAUUUGCCCAAUGAUCUGUCCUCGCUGAGCGUUCUGCUGGCCGAGUCUCUCGCAGCAGAGCGCAUGCAGCUGCUGCAGUUGAUCGAUAGCCAGAUGCAUCUGGUGUCCAGUGAGCAGACCUUAGCAAUUACUAUGCCGGAGCGUCCGCUCAAGCCAAAGCGUGGUAAGCGCAAGAGCCUGGAUGCCGCCGAAGCUGCUCGAAGGGCCCAGCAGUUGGAGCAGGAGCUGGAUGUAGAACGGGCCUACCAAGAAUACUGCGAAGCAGCCCAGGAACGCGAGCAUGAGCACGAGCACGAGCACGAACAACGCGGAGGCGAGAAAGUAGCUGAACAACAUUGAUAGCCCUUCACAUAGUUUUCUGCGUCUUUAACGAG